AUCAUUAUAAAAUUAUAAAUAAAUUUCGUAUUUUUUAAUGGAUUAAGAAAUAAUACCAAAGUGUAAAAGCAUUAUAAAGAGAUCAGCAACCCUUGAUAACUAAAAAUAAGUGGAAUAAGACUAAAAUUAACAAUAACAUAAAGAUUUACAUGUUAAAUUUGGAGAAAUGCAUGUUGAUAUGAUUCUAAAAGAAGAAAUACCUUAGAUAGAAGUAGAUAAUUAACAUAGUAGUAAAAUGAAUUUAAAUAUUCAAGUAUAAAAGCCUAAAUUACUGGAAAACCUAAGUGAGGCUGAACUAAUCAAAUUAGCAUUAAAGUAUAUAAUAUCAACUAAAAUAUAUAGAAAUCCUGAAAUAUUAAAAGAGGAUGAAUAAUGAUUGAAGC